UUUUUUUUUUUUGAUCCAAACCUAAUUCACUUCCAAUAACCAAUUCUUGACUAGACAGGCAUCCUCCUCCUCCUCCUCCGCCCCCUUCACUUCCCGCUGCUUCCGCUGGCUUCGUCUUCAUCUUUUCCGACGAGUUCUGUGGUUUCUUAUACAAGCAGCAGCAGCACGACUUGAAAUAGCCAGUGAAGCAUGGCAGGAGCCAAGGUUCAGUUGAACAAGGCGCACAAAACGAGAUUUGCUUCCAAGUCUUCACGCAAUGUUCACAAAGUUUCUUCUAAAGAUAAAAUCAGGAAAACAAAAUCUGAAUGCAAUGCAACCAAAGGGGCCAAGGCCAUUCGGCUUCAACGCAACAAAAUGCUGAGAGAACAAAAGAAAGCUGCACUUUUAAAAGACAAGAGAGCAUUAUCAGGGCCAUCUAGCCCUCCACGUGUUAUUGUACUUUUCGGCCUUUCUUCAUCCGUGAACUUAAACUCUCUCGAAGAGGACAUCUUGUCAUUGUUGUCCGGAGGGGGAAACAGUUCUUGUUUUCCAGCUAUUGCAUCAUCAGAGUUCAAGCUUAGAGCCACGGUACUGAAAGCACCUCAUGGUGAUUUAUUGACAUGCAUGGAGAUGGCAAAGGUUGCUGAUUUGAUUGCAUUCGUAGCAUCUCCGAAUUCCUUAAAUGAAGUGGAAGAUGGUGGUGAUUUUAUUGAUUCUUUUGGAGCACAAUGUCUUUCUGUAUUUAGAACUUUGGGCCUUCCAAGCACCACAGUUCUAAUUCGUGAUCUACCUGAUGACACGAAAAGAAGGCAUGAACUAAAGAAGAUGUGCACCUCUGUGCUUGCUUCUGAAUUUCCAGAAGAUUGUAAAUUUUAUCCCGCUGAUAAAAAGGAGGAACUGCACAAGUUCAUGUGGCUUUUCAAGGAACAAAGGCUUGCAAUUCCUCAUUGGCGCAGCCAACGAUCUUACAUGAUGUCCCAAAAGGUUGAUGUGGUUGCUGACAGUUGUAGUCCUGAAAGAUGCACUCUUGUUCUUACUGGUUAUGUACGCACACACGGACUCUCCGUAAAUCAGCUGGUACAUGUUUCUGGGGCAGGGGAUUUCCAGUUGUCCAAAAUUGAACUUCUCAAGGAUCCAUGUGCCCUAAAUGUAAGAAAAGGGGAAGAGUCCAUGGACUCUGAGGAUGAAAUACAGGUUCUGAGGUGCAUUAUCCCCGAUCCAAUGAAGCAAGAGCUUUUAGUUGCUGAAAAUAUUCCAGAUCCUUUGGCAGGAGAACAGACAUGGCCUACAGAGGCAGAAAUGGCUGAAGCUGAAAAAAAUCGUGAGGAAAAGGUGAAGAACAAAAGGCUUCCUAAAGAUGUAUCCGAAUACCAGGCUGCAUGGAUUUUGGAUGAUUCUGAUGUCGAUGAUUCUGAUAGCGAUGGAAUUGAAGAUGAUGGUAUGGCUAUGGAUGUUGGGCAGAGCGACAAUCUAGACCAAAAGCUCCGGAAUGGCUUUGGCUUUGAUGAUGAUCAGGCUUCCCUAAAUCUUCGAGAUUCAGAUGAAGAAACCGAAGCUGAUUCUGUAAUGAUGGAAGGCGACAACCUAACCAAUGAGCAGAUAGCAGACCAGAUUAGAAAAAUCAAAGAAGCACAUGCUGAAGAUGAGGAAUUUCCCGAUGAAGUGGAUACACCUUUGGACGUCCCUGCUCGAAAGCGAUUUGCAAAGUAUAGAGGUCUUAAGUCUUUCCGAACUUCAUCUUGGGACCCCAAAGAAUCUUUGCCUCCUGAAUAUUCUAGGAUUUUUGCCUUCGAAAAUUAUACAAGAACACAAAAGCAUGUUCUUACAAAAGCUUGUGAUAUGGAGCAAGAGCUAGAGCACGGCAUACCAGCUGGCUCAUAUGCAAGGCUUUAUAUCAAGGACAUAAGGCAUGAGCUUGCAUCCAAGCUAUGCAUGUUGGCGAACAGGAUGCCAGUAGUGGCCUCUGGUCUUUUACAGCAUGAGUCUAAAGUAUCUGUUCUCCAUUUUAGCAUUAAGAAGCAUGAUUCGUAUGAUGCUCCUAUAAAAGCUAAGGAAGAGUUCAUAUUUCAUGUUGGCUUCCGGCAGUUUAUAUCAAGGCCAAUUUUUUCUUCUGAUAGUAUCGAUUCAAACAAGCACAAAAUGGAGAGAUUUCUUCACGCAGGCCGUUUUUCUAUUGCUUCAAUUUUUGCUCCAAUAUCUUUUACUUCCCUUCCAUUAAUUGCCUUGAAGAGCCAAGAAGGUGCUUCUCCUGCUGUUGCUGCUGUUGGUUCAUUAAGAAGUGUAGAUGCUGAUAGGAUUAUUCUCAAGAAAAUUAUCUUAACUGGUUAUCCACAGCGUGUGUCCAAAUCAAAGUCUACUGUGAGGUACAUGUUUCAUAAUCCAGAGGAUGUGAAAUGGUUCAAGCCUGCCGAACUCUGGACAAAAUGCGGUCGUCGUGGUCGCAUCAAAGAGCCUGUAGGAACACAUGGUGCUAUGAAGUGCAUAUUUAAUGGUGUUCUCCAGCAACACGACACUGUAUGCAUGAGCUUGUACAAGCGCGCAUAUCCAAAGUGGCCCGAGGAAUGGUUUCCACUAGAGCAAGAAGCUUAAUUUUCUUGAAUAGUGGACACGAAUUUGCAGCAUACAGAAGAAGGCAGUUCAAUGUGAAAUGGGAAUGAAUUGUUGGUAAUCCUACUAUAAAUUUUGUUAGUGACAAGAGUUGAAGGAUCAGUAAAAGUUAUUAUCGUUAGGCAGGCGGAUCAUAAGUUAGUUUUGUUGUAUAUUAGAUGCAUAUACUUCUAAUUUGUUAUAUGAAAAAAAAUGCAUUAUUUCUUA